AUGCCUCUGACCGUGUUCCCGAAUCAGAGUGGCCAUGCCGGUCUAGCUCCUCAGGCUCCUAGGCCCUAUGUUCGUGGAAGGCGGCAGGUCAUGCGCUCAAACGCCUCCAGCAGCUCGUCAAAGCAGGCAAUACCCGCAAUACAACCACAAGCACCCCUACCCAUGUAUCAGCUUCGUCAACAUACUACCGGCGAUGCAUACGCGAUCUCCAAUCCGUCUUCUACUCUACUUCGGUCGACGUUUGUGCCAACGCUCCCGCAGCGACCGAUCUAUGAACUCACGACGGAUAUUGCCAGUGGUACGUCCGCUACGACGAUCCUUUGGAAAGUCGAGCUUGCGUCGAACAGUGUCAACGAGGUCGCACGAAUCGCUUGGGCCAAUACUGGGAGCAAGACCGUGAUCGAAAUGGAAGGCUUGCGUAUCCCUGCAAACGAGUUUCUCACCAAACCCAAGUGGCGACUCGGUGUUGCCCAUGCCACACAUUCCUUCACGUCGCAGAUGGAGGAAUACAAAUGGGUCCCACAGCCGACACUCUUUGACUCUGAUUCGUGUGUUUGGCAUUGCGUUCAACCCAUCUCACGCGGGCCAGCCGCCGGCCCGUCGACCAUCCUUGCUGUGUACCGUCCUUCGACGUCCUCGUCUGUCCAACAAACACAGCCUGGGUUGACAUCUCUUCAGCAUCACAAAAGCCACCACGCCCUUCUCCGGACCGGAUGGCGGUCGAGCAUGUCGCUCGAGUCUAUCCACAGCACAAGUUCCGUUGGCCGGCAAUCAUUGUUCGGACACGCUGCCUCGUCGAGUGGACAUGGUUCACAGAGGAUACCGGCUUCAUUGGAGGUUUAUCCAGAGGUGGAUGAAAAGCCGCAUUUGCGCGAUAUUCUCGUGCUCACGGCAAUCUUAGUCGCCACCGGAAAGGACGAGUGGAAGUCUCUCCCGCACAGUUGGGAUCACCAGCUGACUACCCCGGAGCUUGUCCUUGCCAGACUCACCGAGACUUAUGGUCCCAGUCAUCCUUCCAGCUAA